CAGGAGGCGUGCUGCGCGUACGUGUUGAUGGUAACAGCGGUCUACUGGGUGUCCGAGGCCGUCCCAUUGGGCGCCGCUGCCCUGGUCCCAGCCUUCCUGUACCCACUCUUUGGAGUGCUCAAGUCAAGUGAGGUGGCAUCAGAGUACUGUAAGGACACCACCCUGCUGCUGAUGGGAGUCAUAUGUCUGGCCGCCUCCAUAGAGAAGUGGAACCUGCACAAACGCAUCGCCCUGCGCAUGGUGAUGAUCGCGGGGGCCAAGCCUGGCAUGCUGGUGCUGGGUUUCAUGUGCUGCACCGUGUUUCUGUCCAUGUGGCUCAGCAACACGUCCACCACGGCCAUGGUGAUGCCCAUCGCCGAGGCCGUCCUCCAGCAGCUCAUCUGCACCGGCCUGGCCGACAGCCACGACGACUCGGAAACGGUGGAGGCCUCGGAGGGGGACAGCGCUGCUUCCAGCAAACAGGUGGAGAACCUGGAAAAAGACCAGUUAGAGCUGUUCUACCGAAAUGAGAGGAAUGAAAUGAAUAAACAGGAACUUCAUACACUCAAUGAGGCCGGAGGGGCAAACGGCUUGGGACUACAGCCAGUUUUGAACAAAACAUUUGUAAAACAGACAAACGGACACCUGCCACAGGUUGCAAUUGAGAUCCCAAAUGUGAAGCGGGUUAAAGCCAGAAGAGACUCCCAGUAUCCCACCAAGAGGGAUCACAUGAUCUGUAAAUGCCUCUCGCUAAGCAUCACCUAUGCGGCAACAAUCGGAGGGCUCAUCACCAUCACCGGCACAUCCACCAACCUCAUCUUUGCCGAGCAGUUUAACACGCGAUAUCCGGAUGCAAAGGUGAUCAACUUUGGUACGUGGUUCAUCUUCAGCUUCCCCAUCGCCAUCAUCAUGCUGGUCCUCACUUGGCUGUGGCUGCACUUCCUUUUCCUGGGCUGCAACUUCAGGGAGACGUGUUCGCUGAGUAAAAAACGCAAAACCAGGAGAGAGAUGAUGUCCGAGAGGAGGAUCCACGAGGAAUACGCCAAACUGGGACCCAUCAGCUACCCAGAGGUGGUGACAGGGGUUUUCUUCAUCCUGAUGACUCUGCUGUGGUUCACCAGAGAGCCGGGUUUCGUGCCCGGAUGGACGUCUUUAUUUGAAAAGAAGGGCUACAGGACAGAUGCAACAGUGUCUGUCCUUCUAGGCUUCCUCCUCUUCCUCAUCCCCGCGAGGCGACCGUUCUCCUCCGUUUCUCCCUCCAGUAGGAAUUCAGAUGAUGAUUUGAAUUCUGAUCCACUCGCUCCAAUGAUCACUUGGAAGGACUUCCAGAGACUAAUGCCAUGGGAGAUUGUCAUCCUGGUGGGAGGUGGCUAUGCCUUGGCCGCUGGCUGUAAGGUGUCCGGCCUGUCCGUGUGGAUCGGGAGACAGCUGGAGCCCAUGAGUGGCCUGCCCCCCUGGGCGGUCACUCUACUGGCCUGCCUGCUGGUGUCGGCCGUCACCGAGUUCGCCUCCAACCCGGCGACCCUCACCGUCUUCCUGCCCAUCCUGUCAGCACUGUCGGAGACUCUGCUCAUCAACCCCCUCCACACUCUGAUCCCGUCCACCAUGUGCGUGUCAUUCGGGGUCAUGCUCCCGGUCGGGAACCCCCCCAACGCCAUCGUCUUCAGUUACGGCCACGUGCAGAUCAGCGACAUGGUGAAGGCGGGUUUCGGGGUGAACCUGAUCGGCGUGGCAGUGGUCAUGUUGGCCAUCACCACCUGGGGGGUUCCGCUCUUCAGUCUGACCGAGUUCCCGGCCUGGGCAGUGGCCAGGAACGUCACCGGGGGCUUAUAACCAACCGUCUCUGCGAAGAGGAGAAUACGCGAACGACACAUGGCACGUCAGGAGGACGGCGUUCGGAAUCUGACUGGCUUUAAAACGACGAUCGGUGCAGAGGAGGUGUCGGAAAUGGAAGAGAACUGUGUCUUUAGUUGAAAUGGUUAUAAAUGCAGUGACCGUGUGGUGACGUUGAGUAAAAGGAAUGUCUCUUUCAUCAAAGUGGCAACCGAGGGGAAACCUGAACUUCUUCAAAAGUGUCUUUUUUUUUUUUCCUUACCUCUGUUAGACAGAGACAUUCUGUGUUUUUCUGUUAAUCGUAAAAAAACCACAACCUCAUUUGUGGCAAACAAAAAACUGAUAUUUUCGUUUUCCAAAACCAUGUUGUGCAUCACUUGGAGCACAAGUUGAUUUUUAAAUAGAUUUAUGAGAGAUGGUUAUGUAACUUUUUUUUUAAACUUGAGUCGAGUUAAAAAAAAGAAAAGAAAAACAAAUAACUGUGUUGCCUUAAAACCACCUGAACACAUAAAAGGAGGUAUCUGCUGCUAUGAAUUAGAAUUGUAAUGAAUUAUAAGUGUACAUUGAUAGAGAUAUUUAAAAUCAGGCCUACUAUUAAGCAGCCUUUUUAACCAAAGUUUAUGAAGCUGAUUAGGUACCCAGCUGAGCAGUGAUUAGUUGCAUUUAGUUGCUAUAUUUACAGCACAUAAACCCCUUUCACCUAUUUUUUCCUUGAAUAAUGAAAGUCUGUGAUUUAAAAAAAAUCUUCAGUGACAUUGGUUAGCUUAACGUUUCUAAUUUACACAACUACACUGCAGAGAAUAUGAUUUAUUUACAGUAAAGAAUUGGUUACUGUAUUAUUUUUUAACUUGUUUGUUACACUAAACAGAUUUUGGACAUGAGUUUUUCUUGUUGCUUUUCCAUAUUUGGUAGCUUUGGAGGUGUGUAGACUAACCUCUGUCAUGGUAAUGAUCAGUUCUGUUCCGCUCAAUUCCUUUUAUUUUAUUUUUUUACUUCAGCCUUUUUGUUUUUUUUGGCUGCAUUUAAAAAUGAAAAAUUCUACUUUAAUGGUUAAGGUCAGGUGUCAAUGCAGUAAG